UUAAAAAACUCUUGUUUUUUAACAGAUUGGUUUUGUUCAUUGAGAAUUGUAGAUGAGUCACAUAAUAUCUGUGGACUUUUAGUUAAUAUCUUUGCUGAAACUUAAGAGAAGCUUCCUCAGGUUAAGGCAUCGGGAGAUAUCAUCCAACUUUCCAAAGUUUUGAACUUGCAGACUCUUUCUCCAUGGAGCUUCUAUUUCGACUCAUUUCGUUUUCUGAUGAAAACUCAUAAUAAGGAAACCUAUGCCCUUUUCAACAAAAAACUCUCUUCAUUUGCGCUCUACGAAGGGAAAAAUGGUGAAAACUAUAAUCCCUAUCAAGUCUCAUCUAUGUUUCGGCCAAGACACCAAGACACGACGUUUGUGGAUGGAUUAAGAAAAUGGGUAGAUAGUUUCCAGCUUGAUUCAGCUCGUGCUGGGUCUGGUGCUGGCUGCCUAGCCGUGGUGUAGCUUCUGGUUGCUGUUUUGCUUGUAGCUGCUGCUGGGGUUGCUGGUCGUGGUGUGGCUGUGCUGUCUCAUUCUUUGUUGCAGGCUUGGGGUCAGUGGGAGCUGCUGCAGUCUGCUGUUUUUUUUGUCUUAGUUUUUAUUCUAUUUAUCAAAGAUGCAGUGCUCUUUAUCAGAUGUAUGACACAAAUAUUGAAGAAAAUAUAUGUGUUUUAUGUAUAUUAUGAUUAUAUAUAAGUAUUUGUACAAUUUAAG